AUGAAAGUCAAUCCUCUUCUACGGGCUCUGGGGGCUCUUCUCGUUUCCGCUCGGUUUUGUGUUGCGGGUGUAGAGUUUAAGCCCUCAUGCGCAGGAGCCAAGAUGAAAAUCUUGGGAAAGGAAUUUCAGUACGCAAAGGAGAUGGCAGAGGCUGCGAAAGACCACCCAAACAACGACUAUUUGUCACUGUUUUUUGAUGCUGGGACUCGAGCCAAUCCCGGAUUCGCUAGUGCUUCAAAGGACGUCUUUACUCGAAUGACCCAAGUGCUCGAUUCUACCCAUCAAGGCCAGAGUACGAAAGUUAGCUGCCAACUACCAGGGGAAGUAGAUCGCAUGUGCGACCAGGGGGUUCUUGCCCACAUCAACGCAGGUGGAAUUCUGAAAAUUUGCGAGAAGUUUUUCGUCGAUUCUGCGGACGGUAUAAAGUCAACAGAGACCAUGCUGAAGCAGACAGAAUGUGCGAAUAUGGACAUUAGAAAGGCCCACCGGACCAGAGCUCAGAGCCUGAUUCACGAAUCUGCGCACACGGAGUACGUGAUGGCACCUAUGAAGGCCCUUCUAAACCCUCCCGCGGUCAUAGGCAGUGUAGCUUACGACAUUGUCUACGGCUAUGAAGGUUGCGUCAAACUGGCCAAAGGGAUUCUCGAUCGUCAGUGUGCCUUGAGCGUACAACGUCCAGUACUCAACAGUGCGAAGGUCGUUUGCCCUACUGCCCCAGGCGGAACAACGGAGGGCAUUUGCAAAGCGGACCUCAGUCCCUGGAAUGCAGACAACUGGGGAUUCACCGCAUCUGCUACAUACUUCAGUCGAAAGUGCCAGAAGAAGUUGACCUAUCCUACUCUACCACCCAAACUACCAGGAGGACCAGCCAAGAGGUCACUUCAAGUAUCAGCCCCGGCUAAGCGUCAACGGCCCAGCCAAAAGAGACGUUCAACACAGCGCAGGGGCCUGAAGCGCAAAGAAAGUCCGUCUCGGCUCCAGGGGGGCCGCAAGAAAGCCACCAAAGGGUCCAAGAGUCCAGCCAGCAAGAAGAGCCCAGCCGGCAAGAAGAGUCCGGCCGGCAAGAAGAACCCAACACAGCCCAACCAACAAAAGCAGAAGGUUCUCAAGGGAAAUUCCAAGCAGCCGAAGGACACAAAGUCUAAAAAGUGCAGUGGCAAUUUCGCUGACUUUCUUGCAAUGUAG